AUGUUAUUUGAGGACAAGACAGAGGCUGGUGAGAUUCUUGAAUAUAUACUUAGCCAGCAAUACUUGGAGGCCCCCCAACUACCCAUGAAGACUACAAAGUCAGUGUCAGCAACUUCCAAUACCCCACCAGUUGGCCCUUACACUCAAACGACUUGGCUCAAAUGGGAACGGUGCUUCAGUUGGCCGGUUCUCACAAAAUCUUAG